AUGCGAACUUUGGAGGUGAGCAGCAUUGAGUGGGAGUUCAUAAACAUGUCUGAACAAGAAGAAGAUCUCAUUUGCAGAAUGUACAAGCUCGUCGGAGACAGGUGGGGUCUUAUAGCUGGGAGGAUUCCGGGCAGGAAAGCAGAAGAAAUAGAGAGGUUCUGGUUAAUGAGACAUGGAGAAGUAUUUGCAAGUAGAAGAAGAACAGAGCUUAAGAGUAACAGUAAGAGAUACAACUCCUGA